GUCGACAACGUGGCAAUGGAGGUAGUAUAGACAGUGGACCAGCUCCUGUGCAUCGUGGACCAGCUCCUCUGCCUAGUGGACCAGCUCCUGUGCCUUGUAGACCACUUCCUGUGAUUAGUAGACCAGCUCCUGUGCCAAGUUCACCAGCUCCUGUGCCUAGUAAACCAGCCCCUGUGCCAAGUAGACCAGAUCCUGUGCCAAGUAGACCAGCUCCUGUGCCUAGUAGACCAGAUCCUGUGCCAAGUAGACCACCUCCUGUGCCUAGUAGACCAGCUCCUGUGCCAAGUAGACAAGCUCCUAUGCAUAUCCUGCUGCUCUUAUGACUCAACUCUGUCAGAAGACGCUGUCAGAAGACAUGCCAUUAAAGACCAGUGCUGCCUGCAACAGACACAGUGAGGACUGGGAAAGCAAGGAUUUGUCAAGCUCCUCCUUUGUCUCUAAUAGUAUAUAAUGGCUGUGGAUAAGGCCUUGAUCCAUAAAAGAAAUAUGUUUCUUAAGUUCUGCCUGUGGAAGAUGUUCUUCCUCUCUUCAUGGUCACCAACUGGACAUGCUAAGUACAGUAGCCGUCCAGAAGUAGUGAUACCCUUGAAGGUGAAGGUCACUGGCAGAAAUAAUAUUUCCCCAGGUUGGCUGUCCUAUAGCCUGCACAUUAGGGGACAGAGACACAUAAUCACUAUGAAACCCAAGAAUUACUUGAUAUCCAGAAACUUCUUAUUACUCACUUAUAGUGACCAAGGUGAUCUCCUUGAAGAACAGCCUUUUGUGCAGAAUGACUGCUACUACCAUGGCUAUGUGGAUGAAGACCCAGAAUCCCUGGUCAUCGUUAACACCUGUUUUGGGCGUUUGCAAGGCAUACUAGAGCUAAAUGGCACAACUUAUGAGAUCAUGCCCAAGAGCUCAACUUCAACAUUUGAACAUCUGGCUUACAAAAUGGACAGUGAGGAGUCAGAAUCAAUUCCCAUGAGAUGCGGGUUAACCGAAGAGGAAAUAGCACGGCAAAUGAAGCUACAAGAAAGUAAUGACUCCAAACUUUUGCAACUCCCAUAUGAGAAUUGGUGGACCCACCACAGGUUUAUUGACUAUUUUGUAGUAAUAGACCAUAAACGAUAUGUUUAUAGAAAUAACAAUACCACAAAAUGUAUUCAAGAUAUGUUGCAAAUGGUCAAUGGAGUAAAUGGUUAUUAUCUUCAAAUAGAGACUGAUGUGGUUUUAACCACUCUGGAAGUGUGGAGUAGAAAAAACCUUAUCAAUGUAGAACGAGAUAUAACUAAUGUCCUAGAUAAUUUCUGCAAUUGGAAGAUAAACACAAUUGACAAUCAAAUUAGACAUGAUAUCAUACACCUUUUUGUCAGACAUGGAUAUGGUGUAUAUUUAGGGUUAGCUUAUGUAGCCGCAGUUUGUACAUCUUAUAAUUGUGCAGUUAACAGUUUCAUGUCUGAUUCAAUGUCAGACAUAGCAUUUAUUGUAGCACAUGAGAUGGGUCAUAACUUGGGUAUGCUGCAUGAUGUAAGUGGAUGUACUUGUAAUUUAGAGAACUGUAUAAUGGCCCCCUAUAAAUCAAAUUCCCCCAAAUUCAGCAACUGUAGUUAUGAGCAAAUGUAUUCCGUUGUUAACAAAAGAAGUUGUUUAUACAAUAUUCCAGAAGCAAUAGUAACAAACGUGACCAAGUGUGGAAAUAACUUGGUUGAGGAAGGAGAGCAGUGUGAUUGUGGGAGCUCUGAAUCCUGUUCAACAGAUCCAUGCUGUAGCGAGGACUGUGUUCUCAAACCUGGUGCUCAAUGUGCUUCUGGGCUUUGUUGCCAACAUUGCCAGUUCCUUCAAACAGGCUCUGUGUGUAGAAAAGAGAAAAAUGAGUGUGACCUUCCAGAGUGGUGCAAUGGAACUUCAGCUGAGUGUCCAGCAGAUGUGUAUAAAGAAGAUGGAAGCCCUUGCAGUGGUGAUGGUUAUUGCUAUAAGAUGGCGUGUCAUCAACAUGAUGAACAGUGUCGGAAGAUUUUUGGCAAUGGAAGUCGAAGUGCAAAUGAAAUUUGCUACAUGGAAAUGAACAAACGGGGUGACCGUUUUGGUAACUGUGGUAAUGAUAGCUCUAAAUACAGGAGGUGCAAACCCGCUGAUAUACUCUGUGGGCGAAUUCAGUGUGAGAAUGUGACAGAACUUCCCCAAAGGAGAAACCAUGAAACAGUGCAUUCCACUCACUUCAGUAAUAUCACCUGCUGGACUAUAGAUUAUCAUUUUGGAAUAGCCAUAGAUGACAUUGGAGCAGUGAGUGAUGGCACAACUUGUGGACCAUAUCAUUUAUGUGUUGACAGAAAGUGUGUCCACCAUUCGAUUCUGUCAAGUAACUGUUCAACAAUCUUUUGCCAUAUGCACGGCGUCUGCAAUAAUAAACACCACUGUCAUUGUGAUGUCACAUGGGAACCCCCAGACUGUCGACUACGUGGCCAUGGAGGUAGUAUAGACAGUGGACCAGCCCCAGUGACUUUCUCACAUUCUUUUUGGGCUUUAUACUUCAUUACUUUUUUAAUUAUUUUAUCAGUGGUUAUCAUUUCUUUAAUUGGUGUAAUUAAGAGGAAAUGAUGAAUUAAUCCCUAACAUAAGUUGUGCAGGACUCAUCAUCUAGUGAUAAAAAUACAUCUGAAAAACCAAGCCUCAGGUCUGCCGACUUACAUAGCCAACAGAAGAUGCCACAGUUAAACACACACACACACACACACACACACACACACACACACACACACAAGAAAUAGAAAUAAAAUAAUUAUCCUAC